GUCAGAGCAUGGUACUUCAUUUUCGUGGCAUAAUAAACAAUCGUAGCAAGUGGGUUCGAGAAAUAGACAGUGUAUACUUAUCGAGUUUCCGUAUCAUUAAAUUUUGGUUUUAAUAAAAAUAUAAAGGAGUGAUUAAUUUUUAAUAUAUAUAUAUACACGCGUAUACAUAUAUAUAUCUAUAUAUCUAUAUGGCUAUGUACAUAUAAAAAUAGCGUACAAGAUGAAUCCAUCGAUUUUUUGUAAUCCUUUUAAAAAUGGUUUUAAGUCGAAAUGAUAAGAGAAAAAGGAAGGAAGGUGAUCUGGUUGAUCUCAUGGAGCCCGUUUCAGAAUCGCCGAAAAGAGCUAAAGUUCAUGCACAAAGGAAAUUUGCACAAGGUGCCACAACAGUUUUUAAUCUACCGCCCACACCUAUAAAGGAUAAAGAAAAAGCUAAGCCUGCUGUUAUAACAGAAUUGAUUACUCAUAAACGCCCUAAUACAGAAGACUUUUUAACAUUUCUGUGUUUUCGAGGAACGUCACUUUUACCACCGAGUCUAAAUUUUUUUAAUAUUGGAACCAAAAAGGAAAAACAAACCUCUAAAUUUUCAUCUAAUGUAACAGGAAAGACUACAACUUCAACUACUGUAGUAACAGAACAAAAAUCUGAUUUAUUAAAUCAAAAAAAUAUUAAUAAAGUAAAAGCUCUUGUAACGGAAAAAAAAGAUGUGCCUAAUGAAAUUCAGAAAAAUGUUAACAAAUUUAAAACUACAGCAUGUACAGUUCAAGCACUGAAGAAAAAAUAUCAAGAACAACGUCUUGCAAAACAGAGGAUUAAAAGAAAAUUUAAAAGUUCUUGUAUAAUACGCACAAGAUCGUGUUCAGAACGAGCUGUAUUGAAACCAGGAAGUACACUGACUUCUAACAAAUUUCUUACCAAAUUUGAGAGUAAAAGACACAGCUUAAGAAGCAGCUCUCUCAUAAAUAAAUCUAAGAAGGAAUCUCCUAGAACCAAACCUGUUUUAGUAAAGCCAAAGAGGAAAAUUCUCAUAAAAGAGAGAAAUAGUGAUACAUCUAAUCAAGAUUCAAUGAAUGAUGAAGAAGAAUUAUCUUUAGAAAAAUCGAUUUCACAUAUAAAACGUUCAAUGCAAAAACCAGUACAAAAAAGUAUAUGUACUAGGAGUAAAACAGAAAUGCGAAGAGUAACUCGAUCUCAUAGCCAGCGAACAUCUCCAAAAGAUCUUUCGCGUAGACCUACGAGAAAGACAAAAGAAGCAGCAGCAGUAUAUAUGGAAAUUCUUGGAAGAAAGUUAGUGAGUCCUGAUUUAGAUAAUGACGAUAAUCUUUCUGUUGACAGUUUUCCAGAAUUACCAAAUGCUCGUAAAAUAGCACAAACAGAAAAUGAAAUUAAAGCUAAAAUCAAACAGUCAACAAAUAAAUCUACUGGAAAAACUAAAGAUACAAGAUCCACUGCUCCUACUAAUAUGACUAAACGCUCGGAUAAAGAUGUAUCUAAUAAAAUUGCUCUUAAAAAUAAAAGAUUAGUAAAAGUGCAAAAAUAUUCUGAAACAGAAAGCGAUGAAGAGUCAGAGAAGUCUGUUGAAACUAAUAAUGCAAGACCUAUUACCAGACAAAGUUUAGGUAAAUUAAAUAAACCUAUAAGUCGUAGUCUUAGAUCUUCUUCUAAAAAUUUAGUUACAAAAUUAGAGUCUCAAAAUAAUACAAGUUCUAAAAUAAAAAAUCAAAAUUUAGCGAAAUCUAAUAAAGAUAAAUUAGCACUAAAACGUAAACGUAAUCAAAGUGCUAGUAAAGAAUUAACAAAUAAACCAAAUGAAUCUAAUCAAAAAGAUGUAAAAAAGAAUAGUAAUGAAGACAAUUCUGGUUCGGAUGAAGAAACAUUAGGAAUGAUUUUGAAUAAAUUAAGAAAGAAAAAGACCUGUAGUAAUGAAGAUAAAUUAAGUAUUAGUACUUCUGAAAAAAUGAAAGAAAGUAAUGAAUGUUGUACAAAGAUGUGUGGUACUAAAUUAGAUUUAUCUAAAAUAUCAGAUGAUGAGGAAUCAUUUCGUGGAUUUACUAAGAAAGCAAUUUCAACGGUGUUAAAUUCAUGUCAUACACACGCAAGCGCAAAUCUUCUCGUCACCGAAGAAGACAAUGGUAAUUCAGAUACGCUUAAAACACAAAAUGCAUCGCGUGAUGAAAAUUCAUUGCUGGUACAAAAAAACAAUGUUUCAAGAAACAGUACUUCUUCGCCAAUUACAACUAUACAAGAGCAGGAAACUGCAUCAGAUUUACCUACUUCAGUUCAAUUACAGAUACCAAUGUUACAAAAGACAAAAGAAAAUCAAUGUAAUCAUGAAAAUAUGCAAUCUAAAAAUAUUGUUGAUAUACCUUUGUCGACUUUGCACAUGAGAAAAGAAAGAGUCAAUAUGUCUACUGAACAAAUUGAAAAGUGGCUAAAUGAAAGUUCACUAGCCAAGGAAGAAAGUAAAUUAGAAAUGGAAAAUAUUCCUAGUUUUAAAUAUAAUGAACCUAUUAUUAAUACAGAUAAAUUAAAAACUGAUGUUUCACAUUUAUCUAUACCGACCAAAAUUCAACAUUUAGUAAGACCCGUUAACGUAACACUUUCCAAAUUAGCUGAUAAAGCAAGUUCAAAGGAUCAUUUAAUACUACAGGAAAAACAUACUUCUUCAUUCUUAUUGGAUUCUCAACUUAUGGACCUUAAAUAUCAAAAUAUUCAAAAUAAUAAGAUUAAAUUAGAUAAUAAUAUGAAAGAUAUCAUUAAAGAAGAUAAUUCUAAAUUACAUAAAGCUCCAUCUUUUGGAGGAUAUAGUGGGAAAGCUUCCAAAUCAGAUCUCACUUUAAUAGAGUCUACUCUUAAUAAUUCUACAGAGAAAAAAUCACAAGGAGAAAAAAAAUCCAUAUUUCAAGCACGAAAAGGAUUUUUACCUAAGAUUAAAGAAAGAAAAGUUACGACUAAUUCCAAUGCAUUUUCUCCUGAAAAUGAGAGUAGUGUUUAUGCAUUUGAAAGUGAUACUGAAGUACCUGUUAAUACACCUUUCAGAAGAAAAUUCCGUGAUUGUUCUAAGUCAUCUAUGGAUAUGACUAUAUCAGAACAAAAAAUGUAUGAAACAACAGAGGAAAUUACAAAAAAUCAUCUUAAUGUAUUAAAAGAUCAAGAUGAAGUUGUUAGUCCUAGUAUAAUUGCUACCACCAACACUGUCACUACUAAUAUUGUUAGUACUACAACAAAUAGUACUCCUACAUGUAGUACUACUACUACUACAACAAAUAGUACUCCUACAUGUAGUACUAUUACUACAACAAAUAGUACUCCUACAUGUAGUACUAUUACUACAACAAAUAGUACUCCUACAUGUAGUACUACUACUACCUCAUGUAGUACUACUACUGCCUCAUGUAGUAAUACUACUGCUUCAUGUAGUACUACUACUGCCUCAUGUAGUACUGCAGUCACAAAUACUACAAUGGAACUUGAAAAUAAUGAAAUAAAAAAUAAACCAAAUUCAUCAUUAAACAUAAACAAUCUUGAACUGCCUCAAAAUUUUGUAAAUUUGACUAAUGUACAAGUUCUAUCUCUCGAUAAAUUGACCACUUCUUGGAGUGAUGUAAAUUGUAGUACUUCAAUAGCCGUUCAAGUUAAUUUUGAUGACUGUGUGCAAAAACAAGAGCAAGAAGAAACAAAUGUGACUCAACAGAAAAGCAUGGAGAUAUCUACUCAGACUGACAUUAGUAAUAUGAACAAUGACAAUGAUGGUCAGUUGUUUUACAUUCCAUUGCAAGCAGUUACAAGAGCUGGUCCCAACUUGAUUCCAAGUCAGCAAUUAAUACAAGGUGUCGCUGUUAAAUUAGGUACAGAAGGACCAACUGGACCUAAUCAAAGAGUUCUUCUACGUGCAAAAUUAGUUACUAAACCACCUCUAUCGAUCGCUCGUUGUCCUCCUGUAGGAACGGUACAACCAACAACUCGUACAACACAAAAUUCCACCACAUUAACAACAGAAGGUCCAACUCAAUCUACGUCAUCGACUGAAUCAAAUACUGCAUCAAACGUUGCAUCAAACAUUACAUCAAAUACUACUAAUUUAAUAAUGGCUCCAACUAUUGUUACCUCUGAAUUUUCUAUACCUUCGCCAACAAAAUCGCAAGAUGUAGUAUCAGGGACAAAUAAACAAAAUAAUACAACAAAGUUGAACAAUAGUACAGAAAAAAUCGUGAAAUUGCCAAAAAGUCAAAGAGAAAGAAAAUCAUCUGUAGACUCUACUAAAAUAGGCAGGAGAUCUCAAGCAAAAUCACGACAAAGGGGAUCUGACGUUUCUUCCGUAACUAACAGUACACUUUCAAGUGGAAGAAUUUCAAGUAGCGAUGCAUGUCUAGUAGAAGCACCAACGUUUCAUCCAUCAGAAAAAGAUUUUCAGGAUCCCUUGGAAUAUAUUGAUAAAAUUAGACCUGCUGUUGAAAAGUUUGGAAUUUGCAGAGUUAUUCCACCUCCUAAUUUUAAGCCAGAAUGUAAAGUAGCCGACGAUAUGCGAUUUACUGCAUACAAUCAAUAUGUACAUCGCAUGCUUCAUAGAUGGGGUCCUAAUGUGAAAGAAAUGAUGGCUAUAAAAAAGUAUUUAGCAACACAAAGCAUAACGCUUACUCGUUCACCAUGGAUUGGUGGCAUGGAAGUUGAUUUGCCACAUCUAUAUCAAACAGUUCAAAGUUUAGGUGGUUUAAAAGAAGUUAUUGAAAAGAAAAAAUGGCAAAAGGUAGCAGAUGGAAUGAAAAUACCGAAAUCUGCGCAGGAUCGUGUCACUAAAUUAGAUGAUGUUUAUUGUAAAUAUUUAUUGCCAUAUGAUACAUUGUCACCAGAGGAACGAAGUAAAUUAUUCGAUGAAGUUGAAGCUGAAUGGUUAAAAAGAGAAAAUAAAACAUUGCAAAUGCAAGAUACAUCUGCAACUGAUAAUGAAGAUGAAGAAGAUGAUGACACCUCAGAUGAAAUUGAGGAGUGCAUCGUGAAAGGCAGGAAUAUGCCUCUGAAUGCCUACUACCGAAUUGCACGAAAUACUCUACGCAUGUGGUUCGGGGAAAACCGCCGUUCUAGAAACGAGUCUGAAGGAGCAUCUGCGAAUGAAGUUGAAUCUGCAUUUUGGAAACAUGUAACAGAAAGAAAGCGUCACGUCUGCGUGCAUGCAGCAAGCAUUGAUUCAAGCGGUCGUGGUUUUGGUUUUUCUGUUGCCAAAAAUAGUCCAUUUGCAAAACAUCCAUGGAAUCUCAAAGUUCUUACCAACAAUGCAGGAUCGGUAUUAAGAGCUUUAGGACCAUUAAUGGGUGUAACUGUACCAACGUUACAUGUUGGUAUGUUAUUUACUGCUUGUUGCUGGUAUCGCGAUCCUCAUGGCCUUCCAUGGAUCGAGUAUUUGCAUACAGGUGCUAAAAAAAUAUGGUAUGGUAUACCAGACGAACACAAUAAUAAUUUCAAGGAAGCUUUAACAAAAAUGUUACCACAAUAUUGUAAAAACAAAACGAUAUGGUUACCCUCCGACACUGCUAUGGUACCACCAGAAUUAUUAGUUAGCAAUGGUGUAUCUUUGUGUCAGACAGUUCAAGAGCCUGGACAAUUUAUUAUUGUAUUUCCAAAAGCAUUUACAUCCAGUAUAUGUACAGGAUAUGUGGUAUCAGAAAGUGUUUACUUUGCACAACCCUCUUGGUUAGAAACUGCGGAACAAGUAUUCAAAGAUAUACAGGACAGUUGUGAGCCCUCAAUUUUUUCAUUUGAAAGAUUAUUAUUUAAUAUUAUUAAUGAUUCACGAUCUAAUAUAGAUAUAUUGAAACAAAUUUUACCAAGUGUUAUAAAGAUUCGUGAAAGAGAAAUUGAUCAUCGCAAGCAAUUAAAAUGUUUGGGUCUCACCAAUAAAGAAAGAUUACCCUUACCUACUUGUGGUAAACGUGGAAAAGGGAGAAAGGUGAAAGAAGAUGAUGGAGAUUUUGAAUGUGAAACUUGUAGAGCAAAUUUAUUUGUAUCCUUGGUAAAUAAUUCACAAGAUGAUAGUGUUUAUUGUUUAGUACACGCGUUACAAUUGCUUACCAAAAAUAAAUCAAUUUUAAAAAGCUGUACAUUAAUGUACACAUAUAGUGAGAUCGAGUUGGAUGAGUUAAUUCAUAAAUUGGAGGAUAAAAUUGAAGCCAAAUCUAAGAAAAUUAAUCAAAUUAAACAAAAUCCUGAAGAUUCUACACACUCAUAUACACGUAAGAUAAGAAGAUAAAAUUAAUGGGAUUUCGUAUUAGAUAUAAAUAAUAUUAUACAUUGAAAUUCCAAGUAAAAAUUUCAAGUCUUUGUUUUUGAUAAUCUUUGAUUCAUCUUCGAUAACGUCCGAGAUAAGCUUUGCAAUUUGGACAGGUAUGAUGUACGUCCAUACAUUCGUCAAUACAGCAAGGAAUUAAACAGCAACCAAACCAACAACUGGAAAAAAUAUUCAGUCAUAUAUGAUUUAUUUUAUUUUCCUUGUAGAUCAAAUAACAUUUUAAAUAUACAUACCCAAGUAAAGCUAUUACAACUCCAGAAAUAUAAGCAAUCAUGCCAGGUUCUGUUUUCGUUGUAGAUUCGAUUUCAGCUUGACAAUGUGGACAAAUUGUAUGAGUUGGUCCCGGUCCCAUAGGAACAAUAGUAGUUACAAUAGUUGGUCCUUGUGCAUCUGUAUUAACAAAAUUAUUUAUUAUGACGUAUUUAUGUUAAAAAAUAUAUAAUAUGGAAUUAAAUGAUUAUAUUCAAACUCACAGAUAUCAGCAGAUGUAAAUGGACUAGCAGGUGGAACACCUCCUACAGUUUGACUAUAAGAUGGAGGUGCGUAUGGUGGAGGUUCGUAUGGUGGUGGUGGAGUAUUUUUGUUCAUUUUGUACUAGAUUAACUAUAUAUAAUUUAUAUUACUAUAUGUGAUAUAUAUUAAUUAUAUAUAUAUAUAAAAGAAAAUAUUAAGACAAUAUCAAAAAUGCACGAAAAUUUAUUUUCAUAAAAAAAAGAAAUAAUUUUAGAUCUAUUUAGAGACAAAAAGAAAAUAUUUACAUUUUAAUUUAACUAUAUCUUACAUUCUAUUUUGAGUCAAUUAAUAUAAAAAAGCUAAAUAUCAUAGGCAUGGAACAUAUGUCAUUUUAUGUUGUUUUUGAUAUUCUCAGUUACAUAAUGCUAAAACUAGAUAUGAUAACAUUGUAUAGACAUUACAUUAAGUCUAAAUUUUUAUAGUCAGUUUCUACGAAAUUUGUAUAAAUCAAGGUUUUUAAAAACACGAAUUAUUAUAAGCAGCAAAUAGAAAGGAAAAAAAUUGCAUAUUAUUAAUUUCGAUUAUUUCGUAAUUUCUUUAAUAAUAUGACAAUAUUUUUUGAAUAAAAUUCGUAAUAUAUAUUCAAACAAGAGAGGACAUGUAAAAAUCGUCAUUUUUUAAUCGAAAUUACAAUAAGGAAGAUAAUAAAAUAUUAUUAACAAGUGUCAACGCCCAAAAUUUCAUACACCGACAUAAAUCACAUUAACAUGUGUAGUUACCACACUUGUGUAAUAACAAGCAUAUGAGUAAUCAGUUAUUUUUAGAAGAAGUAUUACCGCUAAUUUUUUCAAACUUCUACACUAUACGUAAUUACAAGUACUUAUUAAAUUCUUUUUCUGCAUAUUACAAAAUCUUAAUAAUAACAAACUAUGUGAUUAAAUAUUUAAUGAAAUUUCAUUCACAUUUAUACAUUUCAAAGUUCUCAAAAAUUUAUUCUAGGUCGAUCUAUUUGCAAAUAUUAACAUACAUCAAAUCAUACGAAUAAAUAA